UAUAUUCUUCACUUACACGGAAUACACAUACCGAUCAUUACCUAUCUCAUCAACCAUGACGUCUCAAACCUCAAACUCUUCUCCUCGUCUUGUACGAACUACACACAAUGAGGAUGGAACCUCCAUUUUUGUCCCUGACGCAAAUGUCACACCCUUUCAACCCUUUGGUCCUCAAAGCAGUGGCUUCAACAUCUUCGACGUCCGUCAAAAUGUUCCCAUCAACAACACAGACUCUAUCCCAUCAUUUGAGAACUCUCUUCCGAGAUGUCCUCCUAAAGGAUCCCUCUUCUGCAUGACCCAGAUCCAACCUGGUGGCAAAGCACCUAUGCACCGUACCAAAAGCCUUGACUACGCUGUAGUUCUGUCGGGUGAGAUCGUGCUGGGGCUCGACGGUGGAGAGGAAAAGACUGUCAAGCAAGGAGAGGUCAUUGUUCAACAGGGCGUGAAUCACAGCUGGGAGAAUAGGGGCGACGUUACGUGCCAGAUCAUCUUUGUCAUGAUUGGUGCUGAAACUAUCACUCUUAAGGAUGGAACGGAAUUGGAGGAGACUGUGUUCUGA